ACGCCACAGCCAACCCGCAUAGCGAGGACGCACGGAUGCGUCCCUGCCUUUGCGGCCCGCCCCUGCGCGGUGUUCACCAGCCAGCCCUCCGUGGUGUUGGCAGUUCGCCGCCCACCACGUGCUGACUCUGACGUCCCGCAGCCAUUUUGGCUCAAACCGUUUCAGAGUACGCCUCACCUCCUGUGGUCGGCAACCUGCACCUUCCUGCCAGUCUUGAGCAGCGGCUAUGAUUGCCGCAGUUGCCAUCGCGCUCGCGGGGUCGCUGCCGACAGCGUACGCUCAGCCCGGGUGCGGCGCAUGGGAGUUCCAUUUGGCGGGGAUCCCGGUCGAUAAGUCGGAGUACCCCACCGCGUGCAAGGCCAACCCGUUCUGCCCCCAAAACGACGGCGACUGCUGCCCAACCCCGGGGAAGGACGGCCUGAUGCUGGACUGUUGCAACCUGUACGCGUGCGAGGGCUCGCUGCACCCGCAAUGCAAGGCGGAGAACAAGACUGGGAACGUCUGCCCGAACAAGAAAGGGGUCUACGACCCGUGCUGCAGCGGCAUGGCCUUUGCCGCCAACAACCCGACCUGCGUGAAGGCUGGGAAGAGCGGCAGGAUCUGCCCCGACGAGGACGGCGAGUACGACGACUGCUGCAAGCCGCAGUGCAGCUACAAAGGGCAGUGCCCCGGCUUGGCUGGCUUCUGCUGUCCCACGGCGGCGGGCGUCAUGCUCGGGUGCUGCGGGGCGUCGGCCGCGGAGGCGGAGCUCUCUGCCGCGGUGCAGUCCACAGAGGUCGCCGUGCCCACCUCUCCCACGAACGUGCUCGCGGCGCUCGUGGCGAUGGGCUGCUCCGUCGCCGUGGGGGCAGUGGCCAUCGAGAGGGCCACCCGCCGCCCGGCGUCGACGAAUCUCUCGCCGCCGCUGCUGGCGUGAGGGCCUAUAGAGGGCACGGGUCUGCCAGUCUGCUCCGCGGGGCUGCGCCCCUCACAGCAUUUGGGCAGCCAUGUUUAAAAGCAGCGCCUGCAUCGAUGACGUACUUUGUUGCGCAGGGUGCUCUUCCCCUUGCGGAAAAGAACAUUCGUCUACCGGGGAGGUCGUGCGCGGGAGGCUCUGGCACGUGUCAGGCAGCCAGGUGGGAGGCUUGGGCAACGGCAGCCUCGCGCGUCGCAUUGUUUGUCGUUCGUUGG